AGACAGAAUGGAAAAUACGUCUUUUGUUUUUCUACUGUUGUGAUGUGACAAAGACGUUAAGAUUAAUAAGUGUUUGUAUCCAUAGUGACCAUAUCCUGUGCUCUUCCAGUUCAGAUGGAAACCCAUGGACACCACUCAGUCUUUACAAUCACUGUUGGACAUGUCAUCACCCCAAAACUCGUGAAACCAGCCUUCAAAGAAGAAGUAUCUGGUAUCAGUUCCCUUGUCACCAUCGCUACCAAGACCUUCCUGCGCUAUGAUAAAUUACAGGACUUGAUUGACAGCAUACGGCAGUACUACCCUGACAUUGUCAUAGUGGUCGCCGACGACAACGAGGAGCCCCAGCCAGUCAAGGGCCAAGCACACACACACAUCUAAAACACAAACACACCU